GCGUGGUGGCGGGAAGGAAAGCAUGGUAAAAGGAAUGAUUAGGAAAAACUAGAGUUAGCGUUAAUGGUGGAAAUGGAAAGCAGUAGCAUAGUAUAUGGACUCGAGUGAGAGUUGAUAAUUGAGGAUUCAGAUUUCACACACGUAGCAUUCAGACACUGCAAUUGAUUGCAUAAAGCAGGGUCCCACUCCCACCAUGCCAGCUGCAUUCUUUUUUGUACGGUUUCUCAUUCUCUAUUUUCUUCUCUUCUUCACACGAGUGGAGGAACAAGGCCUACUUCUCUUGCAAAUUGCAAUGCCCGAUCACUCCACCACCACCACCACCGCAAUGAACGACCAGCUCUCCAACCCUACCUCCAUCUUCGGCCUCCGCCUGUGGGUGGUUCUCGGCGUCUGCGUCGGCGCCGCCAUCGUCCUCCUCCUCUUCCUCAUCUCAAUCUGGCUCGCCUUCAAGCGCUCCAAAACCAACCCCGUUUCCAUCCCCGACGUCUCCAAGGAGAUCCAAGAAAUCAGGCUCGACACCACCCACGCGCCCAAUCCCACCCUCCAACCCGACCCUUUUCCCGACCCUGACCCUCUUCCCGCCGCCGAACGUCACUCCGAGGAGGAAACCAACCCCUACCACCGGAUUCAGUUCGAGAUUGGGAAGAACCACCGAAUCUCCUACCCCGAACGUGCCUUGCUUCGCUCCUCUUCCAACGACGAGGCUCAUGCUCAGGCUCAGGUUCAGCCUCCCACCGUCAUUCCUGAAGUUUCUCACUUGGGUUGGGGCCACUGGUACACUCUAAGGGAACUCGAGGAUUCCACUAACGGCUUUGCCCCUGAUAAUGUUAUUGGCGAAGGUGGAUAUGGAAUUGUUUAUCAUGGUAUCUUGAACGAUAACACUCAUGUUGCUAUUAAGAAUUUGCUCAAUAAUAGGGGGCAAGCUGAGAAGGAGUUUAAGGUUGAAGUGGAAGCUAUAGGACGAGUUCGCCACAAGAAUCUAGUGAGGUUGCUUGGUUAUUGCGCUGAAGGAGCUCAUAGGAUGCUUGUUUAUGAGUUCGUUGACAAUGGUAACUUGGAGCAGUGGCUGCAUGGGGAUGUUGGGCCUUGCAGUCCACUAACUUGGGAAAUUCGGAUGAACAUUAUUCUGGGAACGGCUAAAGGAUUAACUUAUCUUCACGAGGGGUUGGAACCAAAAGUUGUUCACCGUGAUAUUAAAUCAAGCAACAUUUUGCUUAGUAAGCAGUGGAAUGCAAAGGUGUCGGACUUUGGCCUCGCGAAACUCCUUGGCUCUGACAACAGCUAUAUUACAACCCGUGUCAUGGGUACAUUUGGAUAUGUUGCUCCUGAAUAUGCAAGUACUGGCAUGUUGAAUGAACGGAGUGAUGUUUAUAGCUUUGGAAUUCUUAUUAUGGAACUAAUUACAGGAAGGAAUCCAGUUGAUUAUAGUAGGCCUGCAGAAGAGGUAAAUUUAGUUGACUGGCUCAAGAAGAUGGUUAGUAACAGAAAUCCAGAGGGAGUGUUGGAUCCCAAGCUCCCUGAGAAACCAACUUCGAGGGCACUAAAACGAGCCCUUCUUGUAGCCUUACGCUGCACAGAUCCUAAUGCACAAAAGCGGCCUAAAAUGGGGCAUGUGAUACACAUGCUUGAAGCUGAAGAUUCCCCUUACAAAGAGGAUCGCAGAGCUAGAAGGGAUGCAGGACAUUCACCUAAUGAUAGAGUAGUAGGGGAUGGGUUGAAAGAGGAAGCGAGUGUAUCAGUUGAUAGUGGUAAGCUUGAAAACGGGACGAGUGCUAAUGAGACAAGAGCGAACCCUCAAAUAGACCAGCAAUAAAUUUGCAUAGCUGUCUCUUGAGUGACCCAGAAACUUGUGGCUCCCUUUACAACCUGUCAUUGCCGAAGGCCAAACAAUUUGCAUCCAUCGGGCCAUAACGUACUUUUCUCUAUAGGCUGUUUGCGCCUUCUAUACCUCAGCGUAUACUCGCAUAACUCCCACAUCGAGAUUUCUCCGCAUUCUGUGCCCUUUUUUAAAGGAUGAUUCUAGCUAGAGGUUUCGCUCAUGUAAAUUUUAGCCAUAUUGUUCGAUUCACCCAAUAAAAGAUUAUUAUGCAUUGAUCGAUAUCUUGUUUUGAUCUGCUUGAACGUUGUUAGAUCAAAACAUACUUCGUUGUCAACGUUGUAAAAUGACAUGCACCUAGAAGGUGGACUUCACAUGUACAUCAUAUUAAAUGCUAAUGCCACACACUAGGUUAUAUAUUUUUUGGUUUGUGUGGCCAUUAUACUGCA